CCGUCAUCAUCCAUCCACUUCGACUCUCCUCUCUCCUCUCUACGGCUCAAUCCGCCAUGGCUUCCACCGUGUCCUUCUCCCCCGCCGUUGGCGCCAACGUGCAGCACUCCCGGAGGAGGGCCUCUUUGCUGCGGCCCGUCUCGCGAGCCAGGCCCGUGGCGGCUAGAGCCAGCGCCGACCGCGACGGGGCCGCGGCCGCCGUCCAGGCGAGGUCCGGGAGGACCAUCGAGGAGUGCGAAGCGGACGCCGUCGCGGGGAAGUUCCCCGCCCCGCCGCCGUUCUCCAGGCCGCCGGCGCCCAGCGGCACCCCUGAGAUCAGGCCCCUCGACAUGCCGAAGCGCCCUCGCCGCAACCGGAGGUCGCCGGUGCUCCGGGCCGCGUUCCAGGAGACCAGCAUUGCACCCGCCAACCUCGUCCUCCCGCUGUUCAUCCACGAAGGUGAAGAGGAUACCCCCAUUGGAGCUAUGCCUGGGUGCUUCAGGCUUGGGUGGAGGCACGGGCUUCUCGACGAGGUUUACAAGUCGCGUGAUGUUGGUGUUAACAGCUUCGUGCUAUUCCCGAAAGUUCCUGACGGAUUAAAGACGCAAACGGGAGAUGAGGCAUAUAACGACAAUGGUUUAGUGCCUCGGACAAUUCGCCUACUCAAGGAUAAGUACCCUGACAUUGUUAUUUACACUGAUGUUGCUUUGGAUCCUUAUUCUUCUGACGGUCAUGAUGGCAUCGUGAGGGAAGAUGGAGUUAUUAUGAACGAUGAAACAGUCCACCAGCUUUGCAAGCAAGCAGUUUCCCAGGCUCGAGCUGGUGCUGAUGUUGUUAGUCCUAGUGAUAUGAUGGAUGGUCGUGUUGGAGCAAUUCGGGCUGCUCUAGAUGCUGAGGGUUUCCAUGAUGUUUCCAUCAUGUCCUACACCGCAAAGUAUGCUAGUUCAUUUUAUGGUCCAUUUCGUGAAGCUUUGGAUUCAAAUCCACGGUUUGGAGACAAGAAGACCUAUCAGAUGAACCCAGCCAAUUGCAGAGAAGCCCUUAUAGAAACUGCAGCAGAUGAGGCUGAAGGAGCAGAUAUUCUCUUGGUGAAACCUGGGUUACCAUACCUGGAUAUUAUCCGGCUCCUAAGGGACAAUUCGGCCUUGCCGAUUGCUGCAUACCAGGUGUCCGGUGAGUACUCGAUGAUCAAGGCCGGCGGCGUGCUGAAGAUGGUGGACGAGGAGAAGGUGAUGAUGGAGUCGCUGCUGUGCCUCCGGCGCGCCGGCGCCGACGUCAUCCUCACCUACUUCGCCCGCCAGGCCGCCAACGUCCUCGCCGGUGGCGCCGCGCGGCCGUCCAAGCAGCUGUAGGCCAAAGCCGUGAGCGGUGAGCCAAAUCCAGCUCCAUGGAUCUUGCACACCAUAUGGUUCUCCUCUCCGCUGCCGUCGCAUGCAGCCACAGAGCUUCUCCAGGCAAUGCGCUGUUCUCCGGCAAGCUAGUGUGCCUGUGCCGUAGCAAACCUUGGCUUUGGCUCCGGUUAGAUGUAGUUAGCUUCGUGAUAGCGGGAAUUCCAUUUUAUGUAGCUAUUGCCUGUUUGUAAUUCGGUACUCCGGUAGUCUA